AUGGCGGCAGAGGCGAUCGGGAUCGAUUUGGGCACGACUUACUCGUGCGUGGGUGUGUGGCAGAAUGAUCAUGUAGAAAUUAUAGUGAACGAUCAGGGCAACAGGACCACUCCUUCUUAUGUUGCCUUCAACGAAACCGAGCGUUUGGUUGGUGAUGCAGCAUUUAACCAGGUCAUCAAAAACCCUACCAAUUCCAUCUUUGAUGCAAAGCGGUUAAUAGGUAGGAGGUUCAGUGACAUAUCUGUUCAAAAUGACAUGAAGCUCUGGCCAUUCAAGGUCAUUGAAGGCCCCAAUGACAAACCCAUGAUUGUGGUUACCCAUGAGGGUCAAGAGAAACAGUUUGCUGCUGAAGAAAUCUCCUCCAUGGUUUUGGCAAAGAUGCGAGAGAUUGCUGAGAUGUUCCUUGACUCAACAGUCAAAAAUGCAGUUAUCACAGUGCCUGCUUACUUCAGUGACUCGCAGCGCCAGGCUACAAGAAAUGCAGGUGAGUUUGCAGGUCUAAAGGUGAUGCGGAUUAUCAAUGAACCAACAGCUGCAGCAAUUGCUUAUGGCCUUGAAAAACAGGCUGGUUGGUACUGCAAGAGAAAUGUGAUGAUAUUUGAUUUGGGUGGUGGAACUUUAGAUGUUUCACUGCUUACAAUAAGCGCUGGUGCUUUUGAAGUGAAAGCCACGGCUGGAGAUACUCACCUUGGUGGUGAAGACUUUGAUAACAGAAUGGUGGAUUUCUGUGCUGCAGAAUUUAAGAGGAAGCAUGACUUGGAUGUGAGUGGAAACUCGAGAGCUCUUAGGAGGCUAAAAAAUGCUUGUGAGAAGGCGAAGAGGAGACUUUCAUUUACAUCUUCUGUGGACAUUGAAAUUGACUGUUUGGCUCAGGGCAUUGAUUUGUAUAUGACUAUUUCCCGUGCCAAAUUUGAACAACUGAACAUGAAUUUCUUCAACAAGUGUAUGGAGCCUGUGGAGAAGUGUAUAAGAGACGCUAACAUGGACAUAAGCCAAAUUGAUGAUGUUGUUCUCGCCGGUGGAUCUUCUAGAAUUCCCAAAGUGCAGCAAUUGUUGCAAGAUGUCUUCAAGGGAAAAAAGCUAUGCAAGAGCAUUAAUCCAGAUGAGGCAAUAGCAUAUGGUGCAGCUGUUCAAGCUGCAAUCUUGAGCGGGAAUGGGAAUGGGAAGCUUCACGACUUUACUCUCUCGGAUGUCACACCUAUGUCACUUGGAGUAGAAGUACAAAAUCUGCAGCUUUGCGCUGAAAAUAUCAUGCAUUUUGUUAUUCCAAGAAACACCAGAGUUCCAGUCAAGAAGAAUACAACAAUAUAUACCGUUUAUGACAACCAGAGUGCUAUUGUCUUCCCAAUUUUUGAAGGUGAGAGUGAAAGCACUUUGAAUAAUAAUCUUUUGGGUAAAUUUAGCCUCGUGGACAUUCCUCCGGCUCCUAAGGGUUAUCCAUUCGACGUUUGGUUUGAAAUUGAUGAAAAUGGUAUCCUAAGUGUCUCUGCUGAGGACAAGUCCACUGGCCAGAAGAAAGGGAUUACAAUUGCGAGUGACAGAAGCAAUUGUUCCAACUGAGAUAUGAAAGAAAGGGAGCAACCCUCUUCACAACAAUGUCCACAAGUUUGAUAAUGUGCUUCUCUUUUUCUCUCUCACCUGGAAAUAUCUGGUUGAUGUAGUUCAUAAAGAGUGUAUCUGUUUGAAGUUCAUCUUAUAAUCGCUUCUCAAUGGGAUCUGAUGUCCAAUACAUGUUUGAAAUAUAUGUACGUCUUUCAUGAUUUUGUGUGCUACUACAGUUUUCCUAUCUCUUAUGUUAUUUCAAUUUAAUCUAAGCCCUUGUAGCAUAUGAGACACUAGAGGACAAAAUGGUUUGAAGAAAACACAGGC